AUGGACAGGAACAGUAGCCAGAGCAGAGCAGAGAGUGUAGUUAGGGACACCAGCCUGGAAGGCCAUGAGGAACCUGAUGCCAUGGCCAGCCAUCAGCUUGGUCUCCAAUUGUUGUCGGUCCUGGGCCAGGGCAGCUACAGCACGGUGCUGCUGGCCCGUCAGCCAUCCAGCCAGCGGCAGGUGGCCGUGAAGCUGUUCAGGGAAGAUGCGAGGCAACCCUUCAGCAACAGGCGGGUGCAGCAAGAGGCCAGCAUCAUGCAGCUCCUGAGGCACCCAAAUAUCGUGGAGCUGCUGGAGGUGGGUUGUGUCGGCCAUUACCACUGCCUGGUGAUGGAGCUGGUGGACGGGGGCGACCUCUACCAGCACAUGUUGAGCCGCGGCAGCCUGCCAGAGCCCCAAGUCAUGGUCAUGUUUGAUCAAAUCCUGGCAGCCGUGAGCUACUGCCAUGCACAGCGGGUGGCACACAGGGACCUCAAGCUGGAGAACCUACUUCUGGACUCUCAGCACAACAUCAAGCUGGCGGACUUUGGGCUCAGCAGCCAUCUGCCCGAGGGCGAGCUGGUGCAGGGCUUCUGCGGGACCCUGGAGUACAGCGCUCCGGAGGUGUCCCAGCCGGAGCCCUACAAUGCCUUUGCCUCGGAUAUGUGGAGCCUGGGGGUCAUCCUCUUCGCCAUGCUGGCGGGGACCCUGCCCUUCAGUGGGGAAGACCGGGCAGAGGUGCGGGACAGCAUCCAGAGGGGGAGCUACGAGCUCCCAUGUGUGGCCAGCCCCGCCCUGGAGGAGCACCUGAGCUGGCUGCUCAGCAUGGACCCGAUCAACAGGCCUACAGCGGAAAUCGCCCGCCAGCUAUGGUGGUUUGAGAGAGCCCUGGCCGAGGACGUGACCCUGGUGCAGCCCCUGGGGGUUCCCAAGGACCCAGAGGCCCAGGAUUACCUGGCGGGCCUGGGUCUGCUUCCAGACGCUGGAGCCUCGGAGCCAUCUGGCCCUGGAGGAUCCAGCCGGAGGUCCCUGCAGCUGGACUCGCAGCGCCUGGAGCAGGUAGAGCCCCGGUGUCAGAGCGCGGGGACACAGGGAGCCCACGCCAGAGCCUGA